AUGCUGCUGCUUUUGCUCGAAAUCUUGCUUCUCGGAGCGCUGCUCCCCGGCUUUGUUUACUACUUUUUCUUACUGCCACCGAAAUACCCGCAAAACAUACCGGCAAUUCCCUUCUGGGUCGCCCUCAUACCUUUCUUCAAAGACGUUGACCAGUCAGACAUCUUUCUCGAGUACAUCGACAAGCCGUUACGAGCCCACGGGGCGGUCAAGAUCUUCUUUGGCGCUCAGUGGAACAUCUUGGUCCAUCGACCCUCCUACCUGGUUGAGAUUUUCAAGGACGAGGACCUCUACGAGAAGAGCGGCAACCAAACCAAGAUUCCUCAUAGCGUCCUCGCCGACUUUCUUGGCGACAAUAUCAUUUCGGCGAGAGGGGAUGUGUGGAAGAGCUAUCGCUCAGUCAUCAAGCCGGGCCUCCAACGGAAUUUCGAUGCGUGCAUGAUUGAGGCCAACGCAGUCAUCCUGUGCCGCCUCCUUCGCGAAUCCCAACAGCGGGCCGGACGGGGUGGCGUCGCUGUGCAGGAUCUCCUGCAGCGGUAUUCCGUCUCCAACUUCAGCGAGGCCGUCCUUGGCACCAGGCUCCAUGCACUCGACAGGGCCGAUGCUCGCAUCAAUAUCCUCCAGACGGCGGUCAAGAAGGAGAUCUUCAAGCCAAUCUUCAUGAGCUUCCCUUUUCUCGAUCGCCUGCCGCUCAAGUCUCGCCUGGCGGCGAGACACACUGUGGGCCUCUUCAAGAAUGAGCUCAAACGCGCGCUGCAGGCGAGCCAUCACCUGCAGAAGACACCCCCCCUGUCGGAGGCGUCGUACAAAUUGGGAAAGAGAAUGCUUGACGCACGAGCGUCGGGCUUGUGGGACGAGAAGCAGCUCCUCGACAACCUCACGGUGGCGUUCGUAGCAGGCCAGGAGAACCCGCAGCUGGCGAUGAUAUCGACACUGUAUCUUUUGGCAAAGCAUCCCGAGGCGCAAGAGCUGCUGCGCCAAGAAAUCGUCUCCAAGGGUGUCAAGUCUCCAGCAGACCUGACCAAAGAGGACAUGCCCUAUCUCACCUCUCUCCUCUACGAAAGCCUGCGUUUGUUCCCCCCCAUCGGCCAGUUGAUCAACAGGAAGGCGGCGAGAACUGCACUCCUGGGCGGCAAUGUCGUAAUUCCGGAAGGAACAUACGUCGGCUACCACUGCUACUCUACGAACCGCUGCCCUACUGCUUGGGGGCCGACGGCAGACCAGUUCAACCCCGGCCGGUGGGGUUGCUCCUCCGAGGCAAUCCAGCAAGAAUACCGGCGCCGCCGAGCGAGGGGCGAGUGGAUCAGCUUCCAUGGUGGCAAGCGUGCAUGUCUUGGCGAGAAGUUUGCAAUGCUGGAAAUGAGGGUCACACUGAUCCAGCUGGUCCGCGAGUUUUUCUUCACUCUAGACCCGACGUGGGUUGACCGUAAGACGCCGGUAAGAACCUAG